AUGGCGUCUUCUAGUGAUUUUCCACAGUAUCAAGACGGCGAUGUUACAAUUGUUGUGUCCACAAGCAAGGUAUAUAGGCUACAUUCACACACUUUGCGCCGUGUGUCUGAUUUCUUCCGAAAUGCCUUCGAGAAUGGCGAAGCACCUAGAUUGACUGCUGCAGCUAGAAGAGAUGGCCAUACGCCAUAUAGGUUUGUCCUGGUCCAGCAGCAUAGCGAUUCGGACGAUCGUGGUGCUUUUAUUUCCCUGAACCCUAUUACAGCUCGUGCUGCUAGAGUCGAUCUGAGCGGUCAAGAUGAGGAUAAGUGUUGGGACUGGCUCUUUGGCUGCUUCUAUGGCAUCACACCAGCAUUUGAUACGAGCACAUUUGGCGCAACUGUACUGGACUGUUCGAACUUGCUUGAAGUUGCAGACACGAUCGCCGCUGUAACUCACAUUAGGGAAGUAGUAGAUCUGGCGCUUUUGAGGCAGGAUAAGGUUCUCUGGCCAUCGAUAGCUACUAAUCCGGUCGUUUGGGCUGAACUCGGUCGACGAGUCAAGAGUCCUGCCAUCUUUAGGGAAGCUGUGGUUCACAUUGUGGGAAAGUGGAAGAUGCUGGGCGAGGCAACCAAGGGACAGCUUCGUGCAGCAACUAAAGAGCUGUGUCAGCGAAAGUGGGAUGAGCUAGAACUGGCUAAACGAGCUAUCGAAAUCAGGAUCGCAGGGCAUUACCCAGAGUUUCUAUGUCGCAACCACGUCGACAAACCUCACCGAACCGGCUACGCCAACGACAUCUACAUGUGGAUGGCCCUAUCUUGCUUCCGACAAUACGUCUCUCAAUCAGGUAAUGAUGGCAUGAAUAGACAGGCUGAAGAUGGCGGCUAUGCAUGGUACAAGCAAUUCAGUCAGGGAGGAGAUGCGUACCUGGAUCACGAUGCAAUGAGGGCAUUCCACACGUACUUCCCGAUGUCCAGCAAGGCGUGCAGCGUUUUGGAAAGCCACAUGAACGUGCUAAAGGAGGAUAUGAAGGUAUUCGUCAAGGAUCUGAUGGUGGUGAGGACACAUAUCGAUCCAGCUACCAUGGAAGAGGUAAUCAAACCGUGGUUGACCUGCACAAAAGUGGACAAGGAGGACUUGCCAUGGUAUGUAUUGGAGGAGGGAGCACACGACCAAUGA